AUGAGUCCACCAUGUCAACCUUAUACAAGAGGGGGAAGAUAUUUAGAUGAUAAAGAUCAAAGAGCAAAGGGAUUACUACAUUUAAUAGAUAUUUUGCCUAAAUUAUCAGAUCCUCCUAAUUAUGUCUUUCUUGAGAAUGUUUUGAAUUUCGAGAAAUCAAAAUGUCGAGAAAAAUUAGUUACUCAACUGUGUUUAAUGAAUUAUGAAAUAACAGAAUGCUUGUUAACUCCAUUACAAUUCGGAAUUCCUAACGAUAGGUUGAGAUAUUAUUUAUUGGCAAAAAAACGAUCUGAUUUAAAGGAUUUGAUUGUACCUCAUGAAUUUUUGGAGAAUGCUGUAAUUCAUUUAACUUGGCCGUUACCAAAUAUGCUAAAGAAAAAUUAUCAACAAGAAGAUUAUUCUAAUAUAUUUAAUAUUCCUCCAUUGAGCUCAUAUUUAGAAGAAUUAGAAGAAGAAGGGAUUAAAAAGCAUUUGGUUCCAGAAAAAUACAUUUUGAAGAGUUUUAAUUUUAGAUUUGAUAUUGUUCUUCCAUCAGAUCACAAGUGUUCCUGUUUUACCAAAUCAUAUGGUAGCCAUCAUAUAUAUUCCAGCGGAAGUUUGCUUCAAACAAAAAAUUUGGAGUUUACAAAUUAUAAUUUUGAAAAUCCAUCAUCUUUAUUAGAUAUUGAGUUGAGAUAUUUUACACCUGAAGAGGUUGCAAAUUUACAUGCAUUUCCUAUUAAAUUACAACAUUUUAAAGUGGUAACUUUUUUUGAAAAUCCAUUAAAUGAAGCAAUUUAUCAAGAAACAUCAAUUCCAAAAUCAUAUAAUUUUUCGAAAAAUAAUUAUAAAGGAUCAUCUUUUGAAUUUCCUGAGAAUAUUAGUACGCUGCAAAAAUAUAAACUGUUGGGAAAUUCUUUGAAUUGUUUUGUUAUAUCAGAAUUAUUAAGGUGUAUACUAUUUUUAUCAUAA